GGAGUAGAUGAACCCCCUGGGGGAUUUUUCUGCACCAGGAGGACAGUUUGUGUUUAAAUGUAAGGAGACAUCUUAACUAGAGACAGAGCUCUGUUUGUGCUCGGCUGCUUUCACUGCUGUUGGGAUGAGAGCCUGUCACAUGUGACCACAGCUGCCAGGGAUCAUGAUGAAGCUUUAAUCUACGUGCUGGUAGAAGAUCAGAGUUUCAAGAGAAAACGCUUCACCUCUUCGCCAUCAUGGAUUCUGAGGACGACAUCUUGUCGAAGGAGUACUUCAAGAUGAUGACGGAUAUGAUCGUGCUGUGUGCCACUUUGGCGCUCUCUCUCUCCUUCUGGAUCAUUUCCCUCACCAUGAGCGCCAUCUCCGGGAACCUGCAGCCGGUGUCACCAUGGCGAUGGCUGUUCUCCAUCUUGGCUCCCCUCACGCUGACGGUUCGAGCGCUAAAGAGACGCAGUCUGAACCGUUCAGGAGCUCUCGGAGCUCUCUUGGUGGGCUUUGUGUUGACGAUGGCCAACCUGAGCUUCUUCUCCACCCUGCUGACCUUCUUCUUCACCUCCACCAAGCUGACCCAAUGGGGGGCAGAAAAAAAGAAGAAAAUAGAUGCUGACUACAAAGAAGGCGGUCAGAGGAACUGGGUUCAGGUGUUCUGUAAUGGAGGAGUUCCCACAGAGCUGGCUCUGCUCUACAUGAUUGAGGUGGGUCCAGGUGAGAUCCCGAUCGACUUCGGCAAACAGUACUCUGCCUCCUGGAUGUGCCUGUCUCUGCUAGGCGCACUCGCCUGCAGCGCAGGGGACACCUGGGCCUCAGAGGUGGGGCCCAUCCUCAGCCAAUCACAGCCCAGACUCAUCACCACCUGGAAGGAAGUCCCAGCAGGAACCAAUGGAGGCGUCACUCCUGUCGGAUUGGUCGCCAGCUUCUUGGGCGGGGCGGCUGUGGGCGUGGCAUACUUUGUGACGCAGCUCCUGACAGUUAGCGACCUGCACCUGGCCGACCCACAGUGGCCGAUCGUGGUGUACGGCGGCAUGGCCGGCCUGCUGGGAUCCAUGCUGGACUCUUUCCUGGGAGCGCACAUGCAGUACUCGGGCUUUGACGCGAGCAUCGGGAAGGUGGUGAGCUACAAGUCGGCCACCACCCGGAGGAUCUGCGGGAAGCCCAUCCUGGACAACAAUGCUGUGAACCUGUUCUCCUCCGUCCUCAUUGUCCUCUUCCUGCCUGGGAUGGCGUGGGGAUUGUGGCCACGAUAGACGAAGAGGAUGAUCCGACCACGGGGUCCAGUCAGAGAGGAAUAACGUUGAGGACUGUGCGUGUGAAAUGGACCCGGAAAACUGAAUCCGUUGACAGACUGUUGGUCCAACAUCAUCAGCUGCUUGAAGAGUUUAACACAUUUAGUAAAGUUCAUACAUUCCUACAACCUGCAGAGAAACGUCUAAUUAAAUUCAUUCAUUUACAUCAUAAAAACUCAACAGUUCUCUUCACUGACCAGUUAAUAAACUUUACUGAUUAGCCUUUAGAAA